CUACCACCCGGUUGUGAUCACAGUGCAACUCCCAUCGCUCUGAGAACUCACCUCCAUCGCGGUUCGAGUGGCACGCAUCCCUCAAACCUCCUUCUGUCUGACUGACUGAGUUGAAUGAAGAUACUUUAAGGGAGCUUGUGUCAGCGGAGAUGUUGGCAGGUGCGUUAGUUCUGGGCAUCAUCCUUACAGCUUUACCAGCAGGUAUCCAGAGCAGGUGGAGUGUGUCUUUUUCCAGGAAGGAGAUCUGUGUGUGGGCAGGAACAACUGUCACUCUGCCCUGCCGUUAUGACUACCCAUCAGGUCACACGGUGAAGCGGGUCAUGUGGUUCCGUGUGUCUGCAGAGGGUCGCAGGGAGUUCACUCACCACACUGACCCCAACGAGAUCAGCCUGUCAUACCGCGGACGCACUCGCUACAUCGGGGGCAGCUACUCCAGCUGUUCAGUCCAGAUUCGUCUUGUUAAGCUGAGCGAUGCAGGCCACUACCACUUCAGGUUUGAGACGGACCAACCGCUGGGGAGAUGGACCUCCCCUGACACCAUCUCUCUCGAUGUAACAGACCUCCACGUCCAGGUGCAUCCAGCUAGGCCCGCCAACAUGUUUGGCUUGGGAGAGACUGUGUUUGUAGGCUGCCAGGCCAGAGGAUGUGCUGCUCCUGGAAGGAGCCUUGCACUGUACAGAAACGGACUAAACCUCGGCUCCUAUGAGAAAUGGAUGAUCAUCAACCGCUUUGACCAGCAGCACGCCGGCGCGUACACCUGUCGACCAAUCCCACCACAGAACGUACAGUCGCCAUCCCUCUCGCUGGCUCUGGGACACGGUCCACGCUCUACCUCCAUAGCAGCCUUUCCAGUGGGGGAGGUGUCAGAGGGGGGGUCAGUCACCCUCACCUGCAGUAGCGACGCAGCUCCACCUGUAGAAAGCUUCGCAUGGUUCAAAGACAUGGAGAGUGGCAGCAUCCCAGACAGUUUUAGGCCUCAGCUCCGCCUGUCCCACCUCAAAUACACAGACAGAGGAGAGUACUUCUGUGUAGCACGCAACUCACUGGGAACAGACCGCUCCAAACCACUGCUACUCAAUGUCACCUACUCUCCAAAAAACACGCGUGUGCUGGUGAGUCCUCCAGCUGACAUCAGAGAAGGCUCAUAUGUUAACCUCAGCUGUGUCAGCCACGCCCACCCUCCUGCCAGCAGGUAUGCUUGGUAUCGUAUCCUAGGUGACCAGGUGUUGGCUAAAGGAAGCUUCCAGAACCUGACCUUCCCCUCAGUGCGUGCUCACCUUGCUGGUCAGUACUACUGUACAGCCUGGAACCGCUUCGGAUACCAGACCUCCCCUGUUGCUACCCUCACUAUACUUUACCCUCCUAAGAACACCUCAGUUCUAGCUCGUCCCUCCAGUGUGGUGGAUGCUGGCCGACCUUUGACCCUGACCUGCAGCAGUCAGGCCAACCCUGCAGUGGACAACUUCACAUGGCACCGCUUAGCUCUGGACGGGGGCUCUGUACAAUCGUGGGGCACCAAGUCUGGUCCUGUCUUCACCUUCUCAGAGGUCGGCCCUAGAGAGAGCGGCCAGUACUACUGCGAGGCCAGGAAUCGAAUCGGAGCGCACAGCUCUCCUGUCCUCACUGUGAGAGUCAGAGGCCGUCUUAAGGUCAUUGCCUUGGCGUCAGCAGUAGGGGUGUCUGCUGGACUCAUCACUCUCACAGUGGCCAUUAUGAUCAGUAAGAACAUGCACAGAGUCGACAUGGAUUCAGGAGAAGUAGCAAACAAGCGUCCCUCAGUGACAGCUGACACCAUGUUCUAUGAGUCAGCCCAACAGACCUUUCCAGUGAGAAAGGGCAAGAUGUCCGACAUACCGGAGGAGCCAGACGACUUGAGUGACAGCAGCCACCCGGCCAUCGUUCCCCUGAAGGAUGCUCCACCAAUCACAGAAGUUGAAACUCACAGCCCCGCCCCUAACUACAUCACUGUCCACUAUUCCAAGUUGUCCAGUGUGGACCAGGUGCAGGUCCACAAUCUGCCGCUGGGUGGGGAUAAAAAGCCCAAGGAUUCCUCCAAAGUUGUUUACACUUUACUGCACCAGCCUCUCCACUGACCGGGAGAGGGAAAAAAAAGGCAAGUCAGCUGAACAACACAUCAGCCUUCCUCAUGUGAACCAAUCAUUUUACAUUCACAUUGUAGGACAGGAAGCGAUUCCUAGUGACGCUGGCGAUGCCGUUGGCUGUUCUGGGUCAGACAUGUCGUCAUGGAUUCUCUACGGUUCACCAGACCACGAGGACAACAUGUGGUCCUGGUGCUGACUGGGAGGCCAGCUCCUAAACUGUGUUGCAUGUCUUUCCCUUUUUUUUAUCUAUGCAUCUUACCACUGUAUGCUGCCUGAUGAAGCACAAAUGCUUCAAAACAAUUACAAAAAAAGAGAAACAUUCACCUUGUUGGCCAUUUUGCUUGUAGUCAUAUCCACACUACAGGCUAUAUCCAUUGUUGCUCUUUAGUUAGUCUCGCUUUUCCAGAGCCUCCUCCAAAGCGCGCUGAAGGAGGGUCUGGCUACGCCACAUAGCAUUCAGGGAUGGGAGGAAAACGUGCUCUGGUUUAAUGGCAUUUCUUUAAAACAAUCAGAAUCGUCACGGGCGGUGUUAAACUCUGCACAGAGUGGCUGCAAAAUAGUCGUGCGAGAGAAAACUCAGAUUGGACAGAUAGUCUAGCUAGCUGUCUCAAUUAACCCUGCAGGGAUAUGAGGAGCAGUCAACAAUAGUCCUCAUAAAUCCACCGGAUUUAAAAUUCCAACACAAAGAAGGCGGAAGGAAACGGAAAAUACAUGCAUCCGGCCAAAUUUCCUUCAGCACCGGAGCAAUCCCGGAAGUGGAACGCGAAGCAUAUAGAUUACUCUUUAGUUGAUAGCUGACACAAGUACAUGUCGAUGACACAAGUACAUGUCGAUGACGCAAGUACAUGUUGAUGACACAGCGUGGUUGCUACGGCAUCUUUUGCAUCCUUUGGCCACUGAAAAGGGAUAACCAUUUGUAUUCAAACAUAAUUGUCUCCAAUAAAAAUGACGCUCAAAGACAUAUUAGUGUAAGAAACCUGUAGAAAAUGAUUUGACAUCUAUAAACACAUGAAUGACACAUGAUUUUCCACACUGUAUACAACGAUGUUCUAAAUUGUUAACAGGCUUAUUUGGAUUGCUGAUGCUGCAACAUUUAUUCAGUUGAAAUAGCUUGCUUCCAUCAAAGGUAUAAUAUGUAGGAUUUGUAGGUAAGAUGUAUAGACUAAUACAAAAGUAAUCCUUCUCAAUGAUUACUUAUGAUCUACUAGAAGUGUGUGGCGCUGUCUUUAUCUGCAGAAACCCUGCCCUCUGCCUGAAUUUUCUCUUCUUUUUUUUUCUUUGUGCGGGACGUUUAUGGGCAUCACCAACAGAGUCUUUUGGCCCCACGUGGCCUUGUAACCCCCCAGCCGUUAACAGCAUGCAGGUUGUGCCACUUGCUCUUAUUCCCAGGUACCGCCGCUUUGUCACAGCCCUUGACGCCUCAUACUGCCUCAAGUUCAACCGACACACACACGCAGGAUGAAGCUUUGCAUUCACACAAAAUCUGGCAAUGCGGCACCUUCCCGUUGAGGUGAUGGUGUGUUUAUUUGUGCUUUAGAAUGUAACCGCUGUAAACAAUCAGAAAACGUUUUAUUCCUCUGAUUCUGGGCUUUGUUCGGGAGAAGUGGGCCAACAUUGAACGCUGUGUGUUUUCAAACAGUAAACGAUUCCUCCUACGUAUUAUACCUUUAAAUCAGUCUCUCCAUGCUUAUGUAGAGUAAGCAAAGCCAGCAAUAAUGCAAAACUACAUGCUGUAGUUUGUUACUCUAAAGAAAAAUAAUACUAACAAUCGUGUAGCUUGAAUGUAUGUUGCCAUUUUUGCUGCUCACAAACUAACAGCAUUGAUGAAUAAGAAAAUGGUUGACAGUAAGAAAAGUGUAGUAGCAGUAAUAUUAGAGCGAUACAACGCAUUUGUUUGGAUGAAUUUCAUGAAAAUCCGAUUUUUCUCUCACAGAAGACGUAAAGAGGGUUUUGACCUUGUGAAAAGCAUCAUACAGUCAUUCAAAUCAACCAAACGAACGCCCUGUUAACUCAACGGCUUCUUUCUUUUCAGUAAAAGUGGCUAACAGUAAAUGCUUUGUUUUGGUAUGCUGAAGAUGUAAAAUAAGACAUGGAAUCUUGACCGUCCGUUAUGUUUGGCUCUUUAGCAAGCAUUGCUAACAAAAGACAAAUAUGGUGGCAAUAAAGACAUGUUAUUAAAGACAUCAGCAUGCACUUCUUUUUUUAAUCUGUGAUAAAUCCACAGCACACCAUUUAAAAUGUUCUCUUUCUCCUGCUUCCUCUUUUUAUGUCUUUCAAAUGUACUACUGAUAGUGAAUAUAGUGAUGUUAUUUGACCAGUUUAUAAUGAGAAUAAAUCUAUUUCAAAGAAGCUA